GGCCAUGAUGACCUACCUGAAUGAAGCCUCUGUGCUGUAUAACCUCAAAGAGCGUUAUGCAGCAUGGAUGAUCUAUACCUACUCUGGGCUCUUCUGUGCCACGGUGAACCCCCUACAAGUGGCUUCCCUGUGUACGACAUGGAGGUUGUCAACGCCUACAGAGGGAAGAAGAGGAUGGAGGCUCCACCCCAUAUCUUCUCCGUCUCUGACAAUGCCUUUCAGUUCAUGCAGAUUGACCAGGAGAACCAGUCCGUCCUGAUUACUGGAGAAUCCGGUGCAGGAAAGACUGUCAACACCAAGCGUGUCAUCCAGUACUUCGCCACCAUUGCAGUUUCUGGUGUCAAGAAGGAAGUUGACCCCAGCAAAAUGCAGGGGUCUCUUGAGGAUCAGAUCAUUGCAGCUAACCCUCUGCUGGAGGCUUACGGUAAUGCCAAGACAGUUAGGAACGACAACUCAUCUCGCUUUGGUAAAUUCAUCAGGAUUCACUUCCAAGGUAGCAAACUGGCUAAAGCUGACAUUGAGACCUACCUGCUAGAGAAGUCCAGAGUGUCCUUCCAGCUUCCGGAUGAGAGAGGCUACCACAUCUUCUUCCAGAUGAUGACCAAUCACAAACCUGAUAUUAUUGAAAUGUCGCUCAUCACCACCAACCCCUACGACUUCCCCAUGUGCAGCCAGGGUCAGAUCACUGUGGCCAGCAUCAACGACAAGGAAGAGCUGGAUGCCACAGACGAUGCCAUUACAAUCCUGGGCUUCAGUAAUGAUGAGAAAAAUAGCAUCUACAAGCUGACAGGAGCUGUAUUGCACCAUGGCAACUUGAAAUUCAAGCAGAAACAGCGUGAGGAGCAGGCCGAGCCAGACGGCACAGAGGUGUCUGAUAAAAUCGGCUACCUGCUAGGCCUGAACUCAGCUGAGAUGCUGAAGGCUCUCUGCUACCCCAGAGUGAAGGUCGGCAACGAGUAUGUGACCAAGGGACAGACUGUGCCUCAGGUUAAUAACUCAGUCUCGGCUCUAGCCAAGUCCAUCUACGAGAGGAUGUUCUUGUGGAUGGUCAUCCGUAUCAACGAGAUGUUGGACACCAAGAAUCCAAGGCAGUUCUAUAUCGGUGUGCUUGACAUUGCUGGGUUUGAGAUCUUUGAUUACAACAGCAUGGAGCAGCUGUGCAUCAACUUCACCAAUGAGAAACUGCAACAGUUUUUCAACCACACCUGUUCGUCCUUGAACAAGAGGAGUACAAGAAGGAGGGAAUCGUCUGGGCCUUCAUUGACUUCGGCAUGGACUUCGGCUGCCUGCAUUGAGCUUAUUGAGAAGGUAAACUGUCUGUCAGGAUUCUCAUUGGGCAUCUUCUCUAUCCUUGAAGAGGAGGCAUGUUCCCAAGUCUUCAGACACUACCUUCAAGACAAGCUGUACGCCCAACAUCUUGGCAAAACCAAGGCGUUUGAGAAGCCCAAGCCUGCCAAAGGCAAGGCAGAGGCCCACUUCUCCCUGGUGCACUACGCCGGCACGGUGGACUACAACAUCACUGGCUGGCUGGAGAAGAACAAGGACCCCCUGAACGACUCAGUUCUUCAGCUGUGUGGGAAGUCCUCAGUCAAACUUAUGGCACCCU